AUGGGAGGUGCUGCCCAGGGCAUUCUCGGCUGGUCGCACCAGCAGCAAGAGUUGCCCUACCCACAGAACGCUGGCCACAGAAAGCUGCCGGACUACGGUAAUGGGCAAGCAGGAAUGAAAAGACCACGGUAUGAGGAGCGUUCACAAUACGAGGCGGAUGAGAAUCAGGCGGGGACAGUCACUUUUUCGCUCAUCUCCACUUCGUUCUUCACUGCCAAGAUUCGAAAACCAACACCAGCAGCCGUGCACACGUACUUCAAGCUGACGCCGGGGGCGACCUACGACGAGAAGGAGAGGCGGUGGAAGUUUCCCCUUGGAGCACACGAGAACCUUGCUGGGGCUCUCAGCAGGCAGGGCGUACAGGUGGUGCCGGUCCCACGGCAAGCGCUCGCGGCCGCUACGCUGGCGGUUGAGCCUGAACAGGGUGCAGAUGGCGAAAAGGAACCCCCCGUAAAACUGUGCGAAAAAAUGGUGCCAGAGUGCAUCCGAAAGCAUCUUGCCCCUUUCCAAAAGCAAGGCGUCGAGUUCGUUCUCAAGAAGGAGGGACGCGCAAUGAUUGCUGAUGAGAUGGGUUUAGGCAAGACGAUCCAGGCAAUCUGCUGCGCCGCUGCGUACGAGUCAGAAUGGCCGCUGCUCAUUGUGUCUCCCAGCUCCGCGCGCUAUCACUGGCAACACGAACUGCUCAAGUGGCUGGACGAAGACAGCAUCACGAAGAAGCAGAUCGUGGUGGUGUCCAAAAGCAAGCAGGACCUGAACCGGGGCGUCACGAAGGUGGUGAUCAUUUCCUACGAACUGGUCAACCGCAUGAAAGAGGAACUGGACCUGUUCAACUUUGGAGUGGUUGUCUGCGACGAGUGCCACUACCUGAAGAACCAACGGGCCGCUCGUACAAGGGCCAUAGUCCCACUGGCGACCAAGGCGCGUCGAGCUAUUCUUCUUUCGGGCACCCCAGCACUUUCGCGCCCGUCGGAGUUGUUCACUCAGCUGAAUCUUCUCAGCGCUGCAACAUGGGCAUCGUUCCGCGACUUCGGCAAGAGGUAUUGCGCAGGCAAGAAAGGCAAGGGGAAGAAGGGCAAGUUCGGAGCUGACUUCAGCGGUGCAUCGCACAUCGCCGAGCUGCACGCUCUUCUGAGAGCGACGGUCAUGGUCCGACGGCUGAAGAAGAACAUCCUUAAGCACCUCCCACCGAAACAGCGCUCGUUGGUGGAGGUGCAUGUUCAAGACGAAGGAGCUCGGCGGGAACUUCAACAAGAUCUGAGCGUGCUGGCGACAAGGCAUCACGCACGCCUUGGACGCCUGGCAAAGACGCACGCAGACAAGCCGAGCGAGAUCGUUGAGAGUGGAAGUAGUGCUUCCUCACAGUCGAAGGAUGCAUCUCCCAGUGCUGCAGCAGUGGUGGCACGACCAAAAACAUCAAAUCCAUCGCGAACGGAUGCGCCGAAGGGAAAAGGAAAUGGUCGCCAGCCCAAGGUUGGUCCUGGAGCAGGGAGAGUAACCAAGCUGUCUGCUCUACCUCCCGCACCAGUCUCGAAGGAAGUGACUGUUCCUUCCUCGACACAGGACUCCACCAACGGUGACGUGGCUGAGCCGCCCACUAGAGAUGUAGCAGACAUGACCAAAGCGGAGCUGGCGCAGGAACGGCGGUCGCUACUGAUGAAACUGUUUGCCAAUACAGGAACGGCCAAAAUCCCUGCUGUCAUCAGACAUGUGUCCGAUGUUCUUGCUGACGAGAUGACUGGGGGGAAGAUCCUCGUUUUCGCGCACCACAGGAAUGUCCUGGACGCCCUCGAACAAUCGGUGGUCAGGACCGGCCGUGUGGAAUACAUUCGCAUCGAUGGCCGCACCAAGCCGAAGGACAGGCAAGAUCUCGUUGACACUUUCCAGAGCAAUCCCAGCGUGCGGGUGGCUCUUCUGGGGCUCACAGCUGCUGGGAUAGGCAUCACGCUCACGGCCGCCAGCAGAGUUGUGUUCGCGGAGUUGUACUGGACUCCAGCACAAUUACUGCAGGCGGAAGAUCGGUGUCACCGGAUCGGGCAGGCAACGGUGGUCAAGGUGCAGUACCUAGUGGCCAAAGGAAGCUUGGACGAUGCUCUGUGGCCACUCAUCCAAGAAAAGAUCAAGCUGCUCGGAGAGAUGGUGGAGGGGGAGGGUGAGGCCAAUCAUAUGGAGGUCGAAUCGUCUGCUCCGAGGCAGAAGAAUACCGCGCCCACCGCCUUCGCUGGAUCGUCUGUGACAAUCAAAGGAGAUACGCCGGAUGUAGGCACCAACGCUGCCCCUCCUUGUGAAACGAAAGCGGGCGACCCUGCUGCCGAGGCGGCACGGGCUGCUUUCCAAGGUCUCCAAGCCUCGGUUGCCGAAAAUGCCCAGGAGCUUGCGGUGGAAGACAUGCGUCACGAGCUCGAUGAUGAAGGUCGUCGUGAGUUCUUCGAAGAACAGGGGGAAGACGGAGAGAGUGGCUCUAGACGCGGAGGCGGCAGUGAUGGUGAUAGCGACGGCUACAGUGAUGGAGGGGGCGGACAAGAUGAAGGAGACACCCUGUACGAGAUCGUCGAUUCAGACGAGGAACAGAGUGGCGACGUUGAUGUUGGUGCGGCCCACGACCAUGCGCAGGAGAGUGCCUGGUCAGGACACAAUUCAGCGGGGGGUUCUCGAAGCUGGGAGCAGGGAGGCAAUGCAUGUGCACCCCUGGGACUGGAAGCAGCGAUCGCGACGGCAAAAGCAUCUGCACAAGAAGCUGGUCCAAUCACAGCGGACGGUAGCUUCGUUGCCUCUAAAGAAGCCGCUGGGGAAGUGAUAGAUUUGCUCUCUGGCGAUGAAGGUGCCGUUGCUGGUGGCGAUGCACGAGCCGGUGACGUUCUGGUGCUGGGAGAGGAUGAGACAACAGCGGAAAGCACACCCCCACCGGCACCUCUCGAGACAGUGGAGCCGCCGGCAGCCAAGUCCGAGUUGAAUGGUGGAGUUGCCGAGACGAGUUAGAUAGCCCAGGUUCAUCAGCCAACGAGUGUCAAGGCAGUCAGGAAGGCGACCAGGGAGACCAUGCAUCCGCCAGCCAAACUGUUCUCAUAGGUUUGUAUUGCACACACGGCCUUGGCCUAAGCGGACCCCGGCUAUGGAUUCGAUUGCCCCACGAAGACAAUGAAUGUGCCGAUUCCCCAGCCCUGUUUAGCCGGUUUGGUGUGUAGCGCCGCAAGCGCGUGUCAAACUGACCGGGUAUUUUUCUGGAGUGAUUCCAAUACCUGGAGAUUGGUCGCGAACAUGCCCAAAAAAUUGUGCCUCCUUAGAAAAAGCUGUACAGUAGCCGCCACCGCGUACGUAUCCGGGGUUUCGCUGAAUUCCACACUAGUAAUAACCACACUGUUUCGAAAGCAAGCAGUACUAAUUCAAAUGGAAGUCAUGACAAAUGUAUCACCAACCGUAACCAGCUU